AUGUCUAGUGAUGAUGAUGAUGAUGAGUUAAGCGAUGUCAAUGAGGACGAUUAUUAUUAUGAUCCAAGUGAUCAUGCCUUUGAGGAGGAGGAUGAUGACGACGAUGAUGACGAUGUAGAGGAAGAUCUACUUCAACGAUAUAAUCUGGUAUCAGGUGCUGUAUCACUAUCUGAUAUUAUACAAGCAUAUAUGAGUAGACUUAGAGGAGGACCUAUACAUGUUGGGACACAACAGGCUCCACCACAAGUGGAUAAACCAAACCAGGACUUAACCGAUGAGCUCAUCACACAUGAGUACCAAGCUAGAGUGAAGCAUCCAGAUGUUAGGGUCAAUGACUUCCUCAUGCAGAGGGAGAUAUAUGGCUUUGAUCGUUAUCAGCCAGUCGACUUAACCAGCAACUACAUACCAAACACUGUACAUUCAAAGAACAUAACAAACCUUUCCAGCAAGAUAUUCUCUUGCAAGUUGAUGGACUGCUGUCGUACAUUCAUGACGGCCAGCUCAGACUGUAAAAUAAGAUUCUUCAAUACAUCCAACUGGACUGUUGACAAGACAGUCCAAGCUUUUAACAUACAAUGGUCUAUAAUCGACACGGACAUAUCAUCCAACGAGAAGAUGAUGCUCUACUCCUCUUGGAGUCCCUACAUCUACCUCGUCAAUCUCGAGGAUGACGAGUCAGAACAGAUGCCAAUCGACUUAUCCCCUGGUCGUGGAAGAUUCUGUUUGUUUAGCCUUAAGUUCUCGGCUGAUAAUACUCAACUGCUUGGUGGAUCUUCGGGCGGCCAUAUAUACCUCUACGAUUUGGUGGAGGGCAAGAAGACACAUGAGGUCUAUGGCCACUCGGACGACACAAACAGUGUAUGUUGGAUAGAUGACAAUGUGUUUGCCAGUGGCAGCGACGACUUUUACAUCAAGAUAUGGGACAAGAGAACAUUACACAAUAGCCAACAACAACAACAUGCCACUGGCAACUACGACGACACGUGUCGACCUGAGGGCUUCUUGACUGGACACCGACGUGGUCUGACGCACGUCGAGUCCAAGGGAGACGGACGGUAUCUACUGAGCAAUGGCAAGGACUGCCGUGCCAAGCUCUGGGACAUCCGCACAAUGUCCACCAACAUCAACCAGAUCUACACCGAUCGCAGUGAGUCGUACCAGGAUCUCGACUACCGUCUCCGAGGCACAAGCACCACCAGUGGACCGACACGCAAUGAACGCGACCUCUCGCUGGUGACCUACGCCAACCAUCCCGUGUUCCAAACACUGAUCCGAUGCCAUUUCUCCCCGGUCCAGACUACGGCACAGAAGUACAUCUACUCUGGCAGUAGCAAUGGCGAGGUGUUCAUCUACAACACAUUGAGUGGUGAGCUGGUACAACGAUUACAUCAUGGUCGUGGUCCAAUCAGAGAUGUAUCAUGGUCACAAUGUUCACCGGAACUAAUAUCAACGAGUUGGGAAGGAUAUAUCACACAAUGGAGUGAUUGGAUUGAUGGAAGGCCUUCAUCGUCUACCUCGGAGGAUGACGACGAUCACUCUGAACAAUAA